CAUCAUGGCGUGAUCCAUCCGCAGAAGGGUAAGUUGAGGGUCGUCUUUGAUUGCACCUCUUCUUUCCAAGGGAAGUCAUUGAAUGAGGAGUUGUUACAGGGGCCGGACCUCACGAACAGUCUGGUUGGAGUCCUGACAAGAUUUCGCCUUGAUUACAUUGCACUCAUCUCAGACAUAGAGGCAAUGUAUCACCAGGUGAGAGUCCCUGACGAAGAUUCUGAUCUUUUGCGAUUCCUCUGGUGGCCAGAGGGAGAUCUGAACCAGCCUCUGCGUGAGUACAAGAUGGUUGUGCACCUGUUCGGGGCCAAGUCUAGUCCAAGCUGUGCUAAUUAUGCCUUGCGCCGGACUGCAGAGGAUGGGAAAGAUAGGUCGUCACCUGAGGCAGUAACCACGAUUCUUGAGCACUUUUAUGUAGAUGACUGCCUUGUCUCAGUGUCUGACAAGAAGAAGGCUAUUUCCUUAACCAAAGACCUCAUUGCACUCUGCAAAAGUGGAGGAUUCCAUUUGGCUAAAUGGUCUAGCAACAGCCGUGAAGUAUUGUCAUCACUUCCCGAACAUGAGCGUGCGAAGGAGAUCAAGAAUCUAGAUCUAGACAGGGAUGAGUUACCCAUGGAGAGGGCGCUUGGAGUGGACUGGUGCAUAGAAUCAGAUUCUUUCAAGUUCCGCAUUCUUGUGAAGAACAUGCCUGUCACCAGAAGGGGUAUCCUAUCAGUCGUAAGCUCAAUUUACGACCCCCUUGGCUUCCUGUCGCCGUUCAUCCUUAUGGCUAAGAUCAUUGUGCAAAAUCUCUGUCGGUUGAAACUUACCUGGGACGAUGACAUUCCUGAAGAAAUUGCGAACAGAUGGUUUGCCUGGCUGUCUGACUUGAGCCGGUUCGCCAGCUUCUCUGUCAAGAGGUGCAUUAAACCGGAGGGAUUUGGUUCAGUAGUGUCAGCACAGCUACACCAUUUUUCUGACGCUAGCGAGAAGGGCUAUGGAGUCGUCAGCUACGUUCGCAUUGAGAACAGCCAUGGUCAAAUCCAUUGCUCGUUUCUGCUAGGAAAAUCUAGAGUGACGCCGCUCAAGCCAGUUACUGUCCCACGUCUUGAGCUGGCUGCAGCUACCAUCGCGGUGAAAAUGGACAAGCUCAUGAAGCAAGAAUUUCGAAUGGACCUCAAGGAGUCUGUGCUAUGGACAGAUAGCACCACUGUCCUCCGAUAUAUUGACAAUGAUUGCGCUCGUUUCAAAACCUUCGUAGCGAAUAGAGUGUCGACAAUCAGAGAGAACUCAAGGCCAGCACAGUGGAGAUAUGUCAGUACAUCUUCUAAUCCAGCUGACCACGCAUCACGAGGAAUGAAUGCAGAGCAUUUCAUGGAGUGUCAGAGCUGGAUUGAAGGACCUGACUUCCUUGCCAAGGACGAGUCUCACUGGCCGGUCCUCUCAGAGUUCUCAAGAGAGAUAAGUGAUGAUGAUGCCGAGGUGAAGCACAAGAUCACUGUGAACCUCAUCGACGCCGUCAACUCAAGCACAGACCCUCUCUUCAAGCUGAUUCAUCAUUAUUCUAACUGGCACAGUCUAAGGAAGGCCGUUGCCUGGAUGUUGAGGCUGAAGGAGCUGCUUAGAAAUCUGUGUGAACAAAGGAAGAUCUUUAAGUCUCAAACCCAGUCUCAAGGUAAUCAAACUGUGAAACCUAAGAUCGUUGACGACCACAUGCAGAAGUGGAAAUCUGGCCUGAAAGGAACCCAUCUGACCGUCGAGGACAUCAGGAGAUCGGAAACUGCCAUCAUUCAGUUCAGCCAGAGACAAACUUUUCAUAAAGAGCUUUGUGCACUGCAGAAGGGUGAUAAGGUCAAGAGAAGCAGUUUCAUCGUGAGAUUGGACCCGUUCCUCCAAGAUGGUGUCCUCCGGGUUGGUGGAAGACUGCAUCAGGCAGCCUUGCCGGAACACACAAGGCAUCCGGCUAUUCUAGCCAAGAAUAAUCAUGUCACAACUCUGAUCAUCAGGAACGCACAUGAGGAGACUGGGCAUGGAGGGAGGAACCACACCCUCGCUCGACUGAGAGAAAGAGUCUGGAUAUGCAAAGGGAAUGCAGCAGUGAGAAGUGUGCUUUCAAGGUGCGUGAAAUGCCGAAAGAGUCAAACUGCAGUUGGUGAACAGCUCUGCUGCAAAGAGGAGUUACCUGGAUUUUCAACCCGCCUGCUGGGUCGCACCACGGCGGAAUCUGGGAGCGCCAAAUAA